UUUAAUUGCAUCAUACAUGGAUGGAGUUCACGUUAAAAUUGCUGAGGCCUAUAAACCUCCAAGAAAAGUAUGUUUACCAGCUGCAUAUAACAAUAAGCUACCAGACGUAUCAAAAUUGACUUAUGACUUCAGCUUGGAACGAUCGGUACUUGAAAAAAUGACAGAAUGGCGUAAUGUUAGGGAAGCAAAUAGUAAAGCACAGUAUGCACGAUUAGAUGAAAAAAGAAAGAAAGAGAAAAAGGAAUUUUCACCUCCACCACCACCACCAUUGCCUGAUACUGUGAAGCCUAUAAAUGCACCUGUGCCUGAAACAACAAUUCUUACUCCGCAGCCUUUAUCUCCACCUGCCAAUGAUCUUCAAGAUCAUGUGAAAACAAAUGGUCUUGAUUUUGCUGAUUUUGAUAAUGAUACAAGCAGUCCAUUUGAUAAUAUGGAACUAAAAACAAUCAAUGACAUGGAAGAACUUGCUCAGGUAUUACAGCCUACAUCUCAAUGGGUGCCACCAGGAAAAUUAGAAAGUAUAUUGAAUGACUUAACUGUUAAUGAGCAAUCAGAAACUCAUAUGGAAGAAAAAAAUGAUAAUAUCAAGAGUGAAACAGUUGAUCAGGAAGAAGUUAAUAAACAAGAAAAUGUUAAGCAUCGUAGUGUAUCUGCAAUUGUACAAGAGCUUCAAAGAGAUUUAGAAAGACCUGUCAUGGAGGAUCGAAAAUCUUGGCAAAAUUCAGAAACUUCUGACUCUAACUCUCACGAAAUAUUAAAACAAGAAGAGCCAGUGGUAACAAAUCAAGUUUCUCUUAUGAAUAUAUUACUGGAUUUAACAGAGGAGGAUAAAAAGUUAGCCCGACAUUUAAGCGAUAUGGGAUUUGCUGUGUCGAAAGCUGCUCGCGCUAUUCGUGAAUUAGGUGGUCAAGAUAAUAAAAAAAUUGUAGAAUAUUUAUUAGCUGUGCAAUCUUUAGAGGAAAUGGGAAUUUCUGGAGAGGAUGCCGAGAAAGCUCUUGCCCUUACAGAAUUCAAUCAAGAAAAAGCCAAAGCUUAUUAUAAAAAUCUAUGUACUUUACGAGAUUUAGGUUUUCCUGAAGAAGAGGCAUCUGCUGCUCUUCUGAAAUGUAAUAUCGAUCGCGACAGAGCUUUAGAUUUUCUUAUAACUUAA